AUGAGUUACGGAACAAGUCUGCUGGCAUCUUAUCCUCUCUCGUACGAUCUAUCGACGUUAGCAAGCGAUGAUCUUGUUCAACGGUCGUCAUUCGGAACUUUCUAUGAACCAUCGGCUUCCUACUCAACGAGCGGGCGUUUGCUCAGCGAUGAAUUAGCAUACGGUAAUCAAGGAGGUCUUGGUUCCACAAGCUAUCACUCAUCAAUUUAUUCUCAUUUACCAUCUACAAAUUAUCGAACAUCGUCAAUAACAGAUUGGCGUCGAGAUAUUCUACCACAAAAUUCGUAUACUGCAUUGAAUCAUAUAAGAGAAUAUACUGAAAGUCUUGAAACAUCAUCGAAUACAAAUAGAACAUCGAGUGUCACGCGUUCGAUCAAUGAUAAUAAUAUAAAUGGGCCUUUAAGUAUCUAUCCUAAUUAUCAACAAAAUUAUCAUCUACCAUACAACGAUUCGAAUAGAAGUCCGCGCAUAAAUACAAUUUGGAGUCCAUUACGAACAAAAAUUCACACCCAUGAUGAAAAUCUAACAUCUACUCAUCGAAUAAUUUCUGAAUAUUCAACAGCCAAUGCACGAAAAACGCCGCCGAUUGAAGUAGCAAAAACAGAGAGAACAUCAGCUCCGUCGGCACCGACACCUUUCGCAUUAACAAGGCAAGAAAGUCAUCAUCAUACCUAUCCGCCAUCGACUGAUACGGAAAAACAUCAUUCGUUUGCCAAUGCUGAAACAUCAUCAAAUGAAAAGAAAGACGAAACACUCACCGACGAAAAAAAUGACGAGCAAGCCUGGACAACAAAAAUUGAUAAACUCCAUACAAUCAAAGCUCAGCGAGAAAAAGACAAAGCAAAAUCAACACGUGCACUACCAGUUCUUCCGAAAAAGAACGAUAAUAAACCAAUUAUAAAUAAAUCAACAGUAGUCGCACAAGAUAAUUCAGCUCGUGAAGCAUCGUUUCAAAUGAGAAGCGGCGCCUAUUUCGAUUCGCUUUUUGAUGGAAAUUUUUUUCGAAAAUCUUCAACCAAUCAACAACAGUUAAGUCCAUCCCAUCAACGCACACUGGCACUGCGAAAUAAACCACAUUCAAAUUCAUUCAAUAAACCAAGAACAACAAUCUUUCCUAAAUAUGUGCCACCGAGUCGAGCUCCUCAAUACGAACCACCAACGGUUAGUAGCACUGCUACGACUAUAACAUCAUCAAUAACAAAGAAACAACAAGGAUCAAAACAGAAUCAUCAUGAUUCAGUGACGCCACGUGAAAACAUUCACAAAGAUACAGAUGAACGAUAUCGGGAAGCUUUAACUAAAUUCCGUACGGAUCGUGCUGAACAACAACAAAAAGACACAAAUGAAUCAACCGCAAAACGUUUAACAUAUGGUGACUAUGUACGACGUUUAACGAAAGAUGAUUUACUUCAGACUGCUAUUAAACCAUCACCGUGGUCCGAUUUUAUCGAUCUUAAAAAAGGACAUCUUCUCUCGUUGACAAGAGAAGAAAAGAAAGAACUUUACAAUCAAUCAAAAUCAUAUGGCGAACGAGUUCGUUUUCGAAAUUUUACCAUGCAUUAUGGCCCUAAAAUGGUUCCAGCACAAUAUCGUGCACAUUUUUGGCCAACACAAAAUCGAGAAUCUCCAUCGAGUGAUGAAUCGAAUGACGACGAUGAUAACAAUGAUUCGAAAUCAUUGAAACGAUCUGACUCAAGUUCAACAGUAAAGACAACAGCGAGAACGUUUACAAAGCCGGCAGUCAAUAAUGAAACUACGACUGAUAAUCAAAGCAGUCCUACGCAAAAUCAUACUGACCAAUCGAGUACAAUUCAAGAAUCAGAUGAUGAAGAUGAUGCAGACGUGGAAACAUCAGAUUUUGACUCAAGUCGUAAACAAAAACGAAAUAAUCGUUUUAAAAAAACCGCACCAACAACAAGUGGAACUGAAGAAACUGAAAAUGAAGAUACAAGCGAAGAACAACGUUUUCGAACGAAAAAUCGCGAUACCGACGAUGAGCUACUUACGGUAAUGGAAGAAAAAACACUCGAAUCGUUCGAAGGUUCACGAUAUAAAAAACGAUAG